UCCUUAAUUCUGAGUUAAAUUAUUUAGCAUGUUCAUCAUGAUUACCAUUCUGUCGAACUGUGUAUUCAUGACAAUGAGUAACCCACCAGCAUGGAGUAAAACUGUUGAGUAUGUUUUUACAGGAAUUUAUACCUUUGAGGCAACAGUCAAAGUGUUGUCGAGAGGUUUCUGUAUUGGUUCUUUUACAUUCCUUCGAGAUCCAUGGAACUGGCUGGAUUUCAUGGUGAUCAGCAUGGCCUAUGUUACUGAGUUUGUUGACCUUGGCAAUGUGUCAGCCCUCAGGACAUUUCGUGUACUUCGAGCCCUAAAAACAAUUACCGUAAUCCCUGGUCUGAAAACCAUUGUGGGCGCUUUGAUCCAGUCCGUGAAGAAAAUGGGGGACGUCAUGGUCCUAACCGUCUUUGCCCUUGCAGUUUUUGCCCUUGUUGGCCUCCAGCUUUUCAUGGGAAACCUGCGUCACAAAUGUGUGCGAUGGCCCAUUCUGACAAAUAAAGGAUUGUUUGAAGUGUUCAAUGCCACCUAUGCUUUUAAUGGAACAAUGUACCUCAACACUACCAUGGGUAUCAAUGAGCCAGCCUACUCCAAUAGUACUUUUGAUUUUACUGAAUAUAUUGAAAAUUCAGAAAAUCACUAUUUUGUAGAAGGCAGUCAAGAUGCUCUAAUUUGUGGCAACAGCUCUGAUGCUGGAAAGUGCCCAGAAGGAUACACGUGUAUGAAGGCUGGCGGGAACCCUAACUUUGGUUACACCAGUUACGACUCUUUUGGAUGGGCCUUCCUUGCACUGUUCAGACUCAUGACACAAGACUUCUGGGAGAAUCUUUUCCAACUGACACUACGGGCAGCUGGUAGGACAUACAUGCUGUUCUUUGUGGUGGUUAUCUUUCUGGGGUCCUUCUACCUCAUCAACCUCAUCCUGGCUGUAGUAGCAAUGGCUUACUAUGAACAGAAUCAAGCAACUCAACUGGAGGCCAUCGAAAAAGAGGAAGAAUUCCAGCGGCUUUUAGAACAACUAAAAAAUCAAGAGCAGCAGGCACAAUUUCAUGGAAGCCUAGCCACCCUGACCAGUACGAAGUCCCUAAGUCAACACACAUUAUCUAAGAUGGUAGAUGAUGAACAUGGUCUCAAACAUGAUGAGACUGUAAAUGACUGCAACGGAAAAGUUGUUCCUCUUUUGAUGAUCCGAGCACCCACCAUGGAUGAGUCUGCUGUAGAUUAUGAAGUCAAAGAGAAGUCACUGAGCUCUCUGCACAGCACAUUUCAUCUGGAUGAACCUGGCUUGAGACAGAGAUCUGCCAGUGCUGCGACUGUGCUUUCUGCAGUUGCCAUGGAAGAGUUGGAGGAGGCUCAGAGACCAUGCCCACCUUGCUGGUACAAAUUUGCAAACAUGUUCUUGAAGUGGGAUUGCUGCACCACUUGGAUUGUUUUUAAAAAGUGGGUACACUUUGUGGUCAUGGAUCCCUUUGUUGACCUCGGUAUUACCAUUUGCAUCGUGCUCAACACCCUUUUCAUGGCGAUGGAGCACUACCCCAUGACCCCAGAGUUUGACAACAUGCUCUCAAUAGGAAAUCUGGUUUUCACUGGAAUCUUUGCAGCUGAAAUGUUUUUCAAGCUCAUCGCCAUGGAUCCCUACUACUAUUUCCAAGUUGGCUGGAACAUUUUUGACAGCAUCAUUGUCACUCUCAGCUUGGUGGAGUUGGGACUGGCAAACGUCCAGGGUCUAUCAGUCCUAAGGUCCUUCCGUUUGCUUCGUGUCUUCAAACUGGCAAAGUCUUGGCCCACACUCAACAUGCUUAUUAAGAUUAUUGGUAACUCAGUGGGAGCUUUGGGAAACCUGACCUUGGUGCUGGCCAUCAUCGUCUUCAUUUUUGCAGUAGUGGGCAUGCAGCUCUUUGGAAAGAGCUACAAGGAGUGUGUUUGCAAGAUCUCUGCAGACUGUGAGCUGCCUCGCUGGCACAUGAAUGACUUCUUCCACUCCUUCCUCAUCGUUUUCCGCAUUCUGUGCGGCGAGUGGAUUGAGACCAUGUGGGACUGCAUGGAGGUGGCUGGACCUGCGAUGUGCUUAAUUGUCUUCAUGAUGGUCAUGGUCAUUGGAAAUCUAGUGGUAUUGAACCUCUUCUUGGCCUUGCUGCUCAGCUCAUUCAGUGGAGACAACCUCUCAGUAGGGGAUGACGAUGGAGAGAUGAACAAUUUGCAGAUUGCAAUUGGGAGGAUCACACGAGGCAUUGAUUGGUUAAAAACAUUUCUCAUACAAAGAAUCCAGCAAAUACUUGGUAAAAAGCCCAAUGAGCCCGAUAAGGACAUGGUGGACGAUGGCAAGCCUAAAAGUGAGGAAAUUGAAAUGAACCAUUUGGAUGCCUGUCUGACUCUUAAAGCAUCAGAUAGGAUUUUAGAUGGCCCAGUGCAAAGCCAACCCUCAGGAUUCAUUGUGGAUGGAGAGCUCAGUCUGAACGUCCCAAUCGCUGAAGGAGAAUCUGAUUAUGACAAUCUGAGUGAAGAUGAUGAGGAUGAUGAAGAAGAUUCAGAAGAUAGUGAUCAUUCCGGGAGCCCACUGCAGAGAGAUUAUCAACCAAACACAAAAAACCUAGAAGAUGAAAGUAGCAUCCCAGCGAAAAUUAAACAUGAAGACGGGGAUUCUUCAGUCUGCAGCUCAGCUGACUAUCAACCUCCUGAGCCCGAACCUGAAAAGGAGGAAGAAGAGGAACCAGCUCCUGUAGAACCAGAGGCCUGUUUCACUGACAACUGUGUGAGCAAAUGGCCAUGUUUGACAGUGGAUAUAACCAGUGACAAAGGUAAAAAAUGGUGGAAUCUUAGAAAGACUUGCUUCACCAUCGUGGAGCAUGACUGGUUUGAAACCUUCAUCAUCUUCAUGAUCCUCCUCAGCAGUGGGGCUCUGGCCUUUGAAGACAUAUACAUAGAAAGACGACGAACAAUUAAAAUAAUUCUGGAGUUUGCUGACAAGGUUUUCACCUACAUUUUUGUCAUUGAGAUGCUUCUCAAAUGGGUUGCGUACGGCUUCAAGACCUACUUCACCAACGCUUGGUGUUGGUUAGACUUUUUCAUUGUAGAUAUUUCCUUGAUUAGCUUAGUUGCAAACUGGAUGGGCUACUCUGAUCUUGGUCCGAUCAAAUCCCUGAGAACCCUCAGAGCGCUGAGGCCUCUUCGCGCACUUUCAAGAUUUGAAGGCAUGAGGGUGGUGGUUAAUGCUCUUGUUGGAGCGAUUCCCUCCAUCUUUAAUGUCCUGCUGGUGUGUCUGAUUUUCUGGCUCAUCUUCAGCAUUAUGGGAGUUAAUUUGUUUGCGGGAAAGUUCUACCGUUGCAUCAACACCACCACAGAGGAACUUUUUCCUAUAACUGAGGUCAACAAUCGAAGCGAGUGCUUGGCCCUUAAAGAAGCCACCGAGGAGGCUCGUUGGAUUAACGUCAAAAUCAACUAUGACAAUGUUGGGAAAGGCUACCUGUCCCUGCUUCAAGUGUCAACUUUUAAAGGUUGGAUGGACAUAAUGUAUGCUGCUGUGGACUCAAGAGAGGUUGAGGAGCAACCAUCUUAUGAAAUCAACCUUUACAUGUACAUCUAUUUUGUCAUCUUCAUCAUCUUUGGUUCUUUCUUCACCCUAAACCUUUUCAUUGGUGUUAUUAUUGACAAUUUCAACCAACAAAAGAAAAAGUUUGGAGAUCAAGACAUUUUUAUGACUGAUGAACAGAAAAAAUACUAUGAGGCCAUGAAGAAACUCGGUUCCAAGAAGCCACAGAAGCCAAUUCCACGACCAACGAACCCAAUCCAGGGGAUGGUUUUUGAUUUCAUCAGUCAGCAGUUUUUUGACAUCUUCAUUAUGGUUCUAAUCUGCCUCAAUAUGGUCACCAUGAUGGUGGAAACAGAUGACCAAAGCCCAGAGAAAGAGGAUUUUCUCUUUAAAAUAAACGUGGCCUUCAUCAUUGUCUUUACCGGAGAGUGUGUGUCGAAGCUCUUUGCGUUGCGGCAGUAUUUCUUCACCAACGGAUGGAACAUUUUUGAUUUCAUUGUGGUCAUCUUGUCAAUAGCUGGAACAAUGCUCUCAGACUUAAUUGAGAAGUACUUUGUUUCCCCAACACUCUUCAGAGUGAUCAGACUAGCCAGGAUUGGCAGGAUUCUGCGCCUUAUUAAAGGAGCUAAGGGUAUCCGGACGCUUCUAUUUGCCCUAAUGAUGUCCCUUCCUGCUUUGUUCAACAUUGGUCUUCUGCUUUUUCUGAUUAUGUUUAUCUUCUCCAUAUUUGGCAUGUCAAAUUUUGCCUAUGUCAAGAAAGAAGCUGGAAUUGAUGACAUUUUUAACUUUGAGACCUUUGGUGGUAGCAUUAUCUGCUUGUUUCAGAUUACAACAUCUGCUGGAUGGGAUGGGCUUUUACUUCCAAUGCUGAACAGGGAACCUCCAGACUGUGAUCCCGAAUUUGAGAAUCCAGGCACAGAUGUAAAGGGUAAUUGUGGAAACCCAGGAAUGGGUAUGAUGUUCUUCUGCAGUUACAUCAUUGUUUCAUUCCUAGUGGUGGUCAACAUGUACAUUGCCAUCAUCUUGGAGAACUUCAAUGUGGCUCAGGAAGAGAGCGGUGACCCACUUUGUGAAGAGGACUUUGAGAUGUUCAAUGAAACUUGGGAGAAGUUUGACUUAGAUGGAACGAUGUUUAUUGAGUACAGCCGGCUCUCAGAUUUUUGUGAUACUUUGCAGGAGCCUCUCAGGGUUGCCAAGCCCAACCGGCUUCGUCUGAUUGAAAUGGAUCUGCCCCUGGUUAUUGGGGACAGGAUCCACUGCUUGGAUGUUUUGUUGGCUGUUACACAGAUGGUAUUAGGAGACACGGUGGAGAUGGCAGCAAUGCGGGAGAGCAUUGAGGCUAAGUUCAUUCUGAGCAACCCCACAAAGGACUCCUUUGCACCAAUUACUACAACAGUGCGCCACAAGGAAGAGCAACAGGCUGCUGUCAUCCUUCAACGAGCUUACCGCAAACAUCUUCUGAAGCGUUGCAUACGCCAUGCUGCCUUUAUGCACAGAUCGAAGAGGAUUGGUAGAAAGGACAAAGAUGAUAAUCCACCUGAAAAAGAGGGGUUGCUUGCACGAAGGAUGAGGGUUCUCUAUGAAAGUAAUGUAGACUUUGCUGAUAAAAUGGAGCAAGAGGCUUUAAAAACUCUAGCAAGCCAAGAACUUCUUAAUACAGACUGCAAAGGGUCCCAGUGUGAUCAAGAGCCUCCUGUGCAGAAUAUGAUUGUUGUUCCUGUUGAAAUUACCAAUGAGUUGUUAUUACAUUCUGCCCACCAAUCCAACAUCCUGUAAUGUUACAAGAAAUCUGAGACAGCCACUUGUAUGAAAAACUGCUUAAAUAUGUGUUUCACCUUGUUGUAUUUUUACCAGUUACCAAAGCAAUGCUAUUAACAAAAAUGUUUACAGGUUUCCCACUUUAAAAAUGCUGAACUGUUUAGACUUUCAUGUUGCUAUUAACCAUUUAUUAAAUUCUGCUCAAUCAAAUGAUGAUUGCUAAUAUUAUAUUUUGUAAUUUUUUCCAAAAAAUAUUAAAACUGUUGUCAUAAA